AUGCUUUACCUCGUGGGACUGGGUCUCGCUGACGAGACUGACAUCACUGUUAAAGGUCUAGAAAUUGUCAAGAAAGCCGAGAGAGUAUAUCUCGAAGCAUACACAAGUAUUUUACUCGUUGAUACAUCUAAGCUGGAAGAAUUCUAUGGCAGACCGGUGAUUGUAGCCGACCGCGAAAUGGUCGAAUCAAGCAGUGAUGAAAUCCUGCACAAUGCAGACAAAGUAGACGUUGCUUUCCUCGUUGUUGGUGAUCCUUUUGGCGCCACUACCCAUACCGACCUUGUCCUCCGUGCCCGCGAACUAGGGAUCGAAAUGAGAAAUAUCCCGAAUGCCUCUAUAAUGUCCGCUAUCGGUUGCACAGGCCUUCAGCUUUAUAGUUUUGGCCAGACCGUUAGCAUGGUCUUUUUUACCGACACCUGGAAACCAUCUUCUUACUACGAUCGAGUCAAACAAAAUGCCGAGCACGGCCUGCACACCCUAGUGCUUUUGGAUAUCAAAGUGAAGGAACAAUCACUAGAGAAUAUGGCGAGAGGGAGAAAGGUAUACGAACCUCCGAGAUACAUGACGGUUGCACAAUGUGCCGAGCAAAUGCUUGAGACGGAGGCCGAGAGAAAAGAAGGUAUCUGUGGCCCCGAAAGCUUAGCUAUAGGUGCCGCCCGGGUUGGCGCUGUAGACCAGCAGCUUGUCGUUGGAACUCUCGAAGAGCUAACAAAGGUUGACCUGGGAAAACCUUUGCACUCGUUGGUCCUUUUGGGAACAAAAACCCACGAGUUAGAGCGGGACUAUAUCCGCCGGUUUGCUGUUGACACAGCUACAUUCGACAACAUCUGGAAGAAGCAUUAUGAAGCUAAACCAUAA